AUGCGUGCACUCGGGGACAGGGUUUCGGGAGGAGCUGGCAGUGCUGGGUUUACAGCAGGACGGGAUCACCCACACGCCGCUUUGCCCGCUCCCACUCCACGACCCCUGCGCCCCUCACGGCCCCGCUCCGCCCUCAGCGCCGCUCCGGCCCCGCCCCGCCUGCCGCGGGCUGGCCAAUCGCGGCCCUGCCCUCCCCGGGCUGGCCAAUCGCGGCCCUGCCCUCCCCGGGCUGGCCAAUCGCCGCCCCGCCCUCCCCGAGCUGGCCAAUCGCGGCGCGGCGCGGUCGCCACGGCGACGCGGGACGCGGCCCGGGCCGCUAUGGCCUCCUACCGCCUCGGGGUCCGCAUCGGGAACUGGCUGGAGGACGAGUACGCGCAGCAGGACCUCCUGAGGGAUUUUAUCCGUAAGAGAGAGAAAGGACAGCUUUUAAUACAGAGAUUAGCCAGACUUCAAGAGAAUAUUUUCAAGAAGGUAGAGCUGUCAGUAUCUUCUGAUGGAUUUGUUCACUUUGGAGACACCGUGCUGCUUAUGAACCCAGACAGCAAAUCCUCGGAUUUGGGAGGGACCUCGGAGGAGAGGGACCCCGAAUUGUGUGGUGAUGUGACUCUGGCUGUCGACAUGGAAGAAGUGCCCCUGUACUCAGAUGAGCCCCUGCAGAUCUCACGUGGACUUAGUGCAGUCAAGAGGGUGGACCCCAUAGGUCGAAAUGCUUUCUGUAUUGUAAGUGUUGAUGGAAGUGCAGUGGGUGAACCACUUAGAUACGGGCAAAACUUUCUUCUGGGGACAAAAGGAGGAGUUUCUGACAAACUGUUUUAUCUGGCAAGUGACCACAAAACAUUUAGAGAUUUUGCUAAAAAAUCUCGCCUUCAGAAAGUAUUUUUGACAGCUGAGCUUUCCUAUUUGACUUUCUGGCAAGCAAAGUCCUUGGAUCCACAACUGCGUCUUGAACAUGAAGGAUUUCCAGUUCCUACAGCAACUAAAAUCAUUAUUACUCACUGCUACACCAACCGCAACUUAGCUGUUCCAAGGACCUUCUGUGUGUGGUCUCAUUUUGGAAGAGAAUUUGAAGUCAUUUGUCACAAUUACCUGGACUCCCGCAAAGUUGAAGAAGAUAAGAAUUACUGGGAGAUAAUUACAGGAAAUCCUGGUCCUGAAGAUGGUACAAUGCUUGAGAGACCCAAAGCUCUCCCAGAAGGGUAUGAGAAUAAAUUAGUUUCAUGAAAAGACAGAGGAUAUAAAAGCCCAAGACCACAGCCAGGAGAGGUUGACAAGACUGAUUAUUUUUUAUUUCUGUUUAUAUUUCAGUUUUAGAGAUGUUUAUUUUAAAAAUGGAAAUUAAAGUCUGCUGCCAUUAGUAAUAUUGCAUGGGUUAUAAUGGGCAAAAAACUCUGAAAAUUUGAUGAACAACACAUCAAAAAUUGUAAAUCAGGAAAGGCUCUUUUUUCCAUUUUCACAUUCACUGAUGACAGAAGUUUUCAGAACCCAGGAAACCUAAUAGAUUCUCAUUAAACUACUGGCUCUCAGAGUAUAUUUAACCAAUUUUUCCAAAGCCAAACCAGCGUCACAAUUUUUAAAAGGUUGAGUGGACAGUUUCCAAAACACUGAGAACCAAACACAUGCAAAGUUAUCAUGGGAUGCUUUGACAUUUAAAGUUCAUCUGAAAGAAAGUUGGUUGUUGAGUUUGUUCCACACUCCGUCUAGCACAACAUUGCCAAUUAUUAAAUCACAAGUGUGACUUUUUUAUCUUGAGAUUAUCUUCUAAUUCAUGGAUAUAAAUUGAGUUUUUUAUGUUUUUCCAUGUAUUCUAAACACUUUAAUAUCAAGUAAUCAAGAAAUUGAGCACAGUGAUAGAGACUAGAGACUUACAACAGCCUUUUCCAUGCAUCACCAUUUCCGUUUACCUCUCACCCACAGCAUUUUUCAAUCCAUAGUAAUUUCUAACAAGUUUGAGAGUAAGGUAAAAUUGUCAAAGAAAAUUGGGUGCCCACAAGUUUGAUGAAAAUAAAUGCCAAAGCAGAAAACAAAUAUUAUAUGCUGUAAGUUUAUCCAGCAAGAAAAAAAAUUGUAUUCUAUAUUCCUACCUAAUUAGACAAGAGUAUCCACAUGAAAAAAAAAAAGGCCUUUGAGGGUAGAAAUUUCAGCAGAAACUCACAUUUUCUUAAAAACAAAAUCAACCAAAUAUAAAAUGCAAAUACCUGGAAAACAGAUGUCAUUACUGCAUAGAUUUACCUGUUUUUAUAUAGAGGCAGAAAAAGCAUCACAGAGAACCUUCUACUGUAUGGCAUUCCAUUAUACCUAUUUAGUUAAAUAUAUAUUUAUUUCCUCUCCUACUGUACCACAAGAGCAGUCUCUUUCUGCACAAAGUGACAACCUAAGUAAAAUACUACACCAAUCUCCAUUCAUAAAAGAUUCCAAAGAUCUUCAGUGAUUAUAAAGGUCAGUUAAAACUUUCUAAGUUUUCUAAAACAAACCUACUAAACUUUCACAAAAGAAGGGAUUGGUCCAAACAUAUUUUUAAGAUCUGUUCCCAAAUAAUCUGCUUGAAGCCCACAGGCAAGACUUACAGAGCUUUACCUUUACUCAAUAUAAAUAAAGUCAGUAGCCUGCAGCCUCAGCUAACUGGCAUUUGCCAUAGAGGAUCUCAGAGCAGCAGGCAGAUCAUGCUGCUGUGACAUGCAGGUUUGCUUUGAGGGACUGUACUGCAGAGGGCAGCUUUACAAUCACACUCCUCAUGUGCAAACCUUUACAUUAUAGAUGUGCUGUCAUAGAGGAAAUUAUCUUCAGGAACUUCUUUCACUUUUUCCUUUCAUUUUCUAUGUAAGCAUAACUACCAUGAUGUGUGAUGUUUUUCUGGAGGGUCUGUUAAUAGUCCAACAUUCAGAGGUAAAAAUUUGCACAUUUUCAUAAUGGAUUGAAAUAAGUCUGCUUAUAUUUUUCAGAUGUUAAAGUUUAGUAUAUAAAGUUUUGUAGAUAUUUAAGUUUAGUAAGAUUUAAACUUCAUUAAUGCACUGCAGUGUUUCUAUUUUGGCCAUUGUGGACUUUUACUGCUAUUAGAUGCAGCUAGUUCAACUCUAAGUCUCUUAACUCUGGGUCAAAUGUGGGAAACAAGAAGAAGUCUUAAACCAAAACCAUUUCUGAAAUGAAGCUUCGUGUGAACUCAUGCAAGAAUGAGGACUGUGUGGGCAGGGUGCCUGGGCUGGCUGAUGUUUUGGGUAGAAGUGUUUGUGUGUGCGAGUGGAAGGAAAGCAAUACACCCUGUACAAAACCAAGUUUUGCAAAGACUUAGAGGAAAAAACAAAGAGAUAAACAGAAACAGAAAUGAGUAAAAAAACCUGGUAUUGUUGGAAUUUGGUGGUGAUUAAUUUGGUGUGUUUUGAUCAUUUUGUUCUCAUUGGAAAGGAUUUCUUGAGCUGAAAAUAAACAAGAUUGAAUCAAUAUUCCUGAUUCCAUUAGCAGUGUUAAACCCACAGAUUUUUUACUAGUUCUUAUAUAAUAUCAUAAAUAUUCAUAAUUCAUAUAAUUCACGAUAACAAAUAUAGAUGCUUACCUGUUUCCCAAGUGUUUUAGUAAUCUGUUUUUUUGCACUUCUUAAUACUUCCCACUCGAUGGCAGCACAUGUUUCUAAACAGCACAAUCUGAGCUGUUUAAAGCCAAAUGAGUCCCUGAAACAAUGCCGCAGAUGGAAACCGAGUUAAAACAGACUUGAAUUUGAAGCUCGGAUAUGUCAUUAAUGUUAUAUCAUGUUUUUGGAAAAUAAAGUUAAGCACAAAGGUAGACAGAGCGACGCAGGACAUUGUGUAUUGCAUACAAUCAAUUCUUUAUGUUAAUUAGAACAUUAAGUCAUUUGUAACCAAAGCAUAAUUAGAGGAACUUAGGAGCUUUCUCUUUCAUUUUUCUUUGUAAAGACAUGAAACUUGAUGUGUGACAAGCAAGGGGUACUGUUAUUGCUUUUACCAAUUUACAGGAAUUAAAAUUAUUUCCAUUUUCACAACAGAUUGACAUUAUUCUGAUUUGAAUCUGUAGGUAUUAAACUAGGAAAAAAUCUGGCUGUUUAGAGUGCACUGUAGCAUUUGUAAUUUAUCCAUUUACACACUGAUAAACACGGGAUUUAGUAUAAAGAAUUAUGGAAUUGAAUAUUAAUGGAGAAUAUGAACAAUCCUGCUACUGCCAGUUUGAGUCACAAUAUUUCUGGUGGAUAAGGCAAUGGAGGCCUGAACCACA